CAACAUCUCCACUCUCUCUCUUCAUCUCCUUCUCUCUCUAACAACAAUGUCGCCGCCGCCGUCGCCGCCGCCGCGCUGCCCGGCCCUCCUCCGCAUCGCGCCGCUCCUCCUCGCCGUCCUCCUCGCCUCCUCCGCCGCGCCCGCCGCCUCCCGCCUCACCGCCGACUACUACGCCAAGUCCUGCCCGCGCUUCCACCAGAUCGUCCAGGACACCGUCACCUCCAAGCAGAUCUCCACCCCCACCACCGCCGCCGCCACCCUCCGCGUCCUCUUCCACGACUGCUUCGGCACCGGCUGCGACGGCUCCAUCCUCCUCUCCGCCGCGCCCCUCGCCCCGCCCCCGGAGCGCGACGCCGACAUCAACCUCUCCCUCCCCGGCGACGCCUUCGACCUCGUCGUCCGCGCCAAGACCGCCCUCGAGCUCGCCUGCCCCGGCACCGUCUCCUGCUCCGACAUCCUCGUCGUCGCCGCGCGGGACCUCGUCACCAUGCUCGGCGGCCCCUACUACGACGUCUUCCUCGGCCGCCGCGACACCCGGAUCUCCCGCGCCUCCCUCGUCGCCGGGCUCCUCCCGCGGCCCAACAUGACCAUGUCGGAGCUCCUCUCCCUCUUCGGCGCCCGCGGGUUCUCCGCCCAGGAGAUGGUGGCCCUCGCCGGCGCCCACACCGUGGGGUUCUCCCACUGCAAGGAGUUCAGCUCCGGGAUCUACGGCUUCAGCAAGUCCUCCUCCUACGACCCGACCUACAACCCGCGGUUCGCGCAGGGGCUGCAGAAGGCCUGCGCCUCCUACGGCGAGGACCCGACGCUCUCGGUGUUCAACGACGUGAUGACCCCCAACAAGUUCGACAACAUGUACUACCAGAACCUGCCCAAGGGGCUGGGCCUGCUCGCGUCGGAUCGGGGGCUGUACGGCGACCCCAGGACGAGGCCGUUCGUGGAGAUGUACGCCAGGGAUCAGGACCGGUUCUUCAAGGACUUCGCGAGGGCGAUGCAGAAGCUGAGCCUCUACGGGGUCCAGACCGGGAGGAGGGGCGAGAUCAGGCGAAGGUGCGAUGCCAUCAAUUAAGAUCUUCGCUUCUUUUCUCGAUCGCUGUCGACUCUUGUUUUUCUCUGGUGGGUGUGAUUGAGAAAGUGAGAUGGGGUUGAGGAUAAUGGGAGAAGCACGCAGUGGAGUGGGAUUUUUAUAUUUGUAUUCAUUUUUUUCUGAUGAGGCAAUAUGUAUACAUGAUGUUUGUACCGGAACUGAAGGCAUUUAUAGAUGAUGAUUAUUCACUUUUUCAGCAUUUUCAA